GGAAGAAAGCAUUUUCCGAUAAUUCAGAACUUUGGAAUGUGCUUCGACAACGAUGAAAAUGCUUUUUGCCUUUCCGAUAUUUUUCCCCGUGCUUUUUUCACAAGGCGUACAAAGACGAAAAAGCAUCAAUGGUGGUUAGAGCCAAAUCAUAACAAAAAAAGUUUCAUUUUAUAUUUCCAUCAUGCCCACGUACACUCGAACUUACUCCUAUAGUAAAAGAGAAAUGUCGGAACGCCGUAUCGACGUAAACCGUUCCAACUACUCGGUCAUUGACAAUGAAUUUGGAAAUAUGCGUGAUCGUUUUGAGCAAGAGAUGCGUCGUGUUGAGGAGGAGAUGAAACGUCUUCGCAGUGAAUUUGAAGGCUAUCGUCCAAACGGAGGCCCACCGGCUGCCAUCUCCAAUCAGCCGUACAACGCCUACUCGAACACUUCUUCUCACCACGAGACUUCGAACCGUACUGGUGGAUUCGGAUCUCCACUUCCACCACCAUCUUUCCACGGACCCAGCGACUUGAUGGCUCAUCGUCCAACCUACGAUCCAUACUUGGACAACUUGAAGAGCCCACUCAUCAAGGAUGAAAGUGAUGGAAAGACUCUUCGUCUCAGAUUUGACGUAGCUAACUACAAGCCAGAGGAGGUUACCGUCAAGACUAUUGACAACCGUCUUCUUGUCCACGCCAAACACGAGGAGAAGACCCCACAACGCACCGUUUUCAGAGAGUACAACCAGGAAUUCCUUCUUCCAAGAGGCACCAACCCAGAACAAAUCUCAUCGACUCUUUCGACUGAUGGCGUGCUCACUGUCGAGGCUCCACUCCCACAAUUGGCAAUCCAGCAAUGAAACCAAAAAUAUCGCCGCCUGCUUCCUCACCAACCCGAAUAACGCAACAAAAACUUUACAUUUUUCUAAUAAAUCAACUUUUUCUUGUAGUGUAAAUCAUUAAAACUUGUAGACUCAACCAUAAUCCUUUCUUUAAACAUGUUUACGAUUCAUUUUCCAAUUCAAUCCGCUUCAUUUUUCAAUACAUUUAAUACCUACAAAUCUUAUUGGUUGUUCAUCAAUUUUCUGGAGUAAAUGUUCAUCUUUUCAUUAAAUCUAUAAUAAGAUCGCAAUUUUAUCAAAUG